UGAGAGAGUCCUUUCUGUCUUUCUCCUUUAUUUUGUCGUCACCUGAAAUGUAUCUUUGUUGACUCCCAUUUAUUAUUGAUUUCAUUCUUACUUUUUAUAUUCAAUUUCAAGCAGAGAUCAGAUCGUCCCAGGCUCCGGUGCCAGAGAGAUUGUCUCUGUCAGUGGAUUUGCUAAACCCUGCUCUCGUUUUCUGGGUAUUAUCACAUUCUUGCUGUGACAUUUUUUCGCCAACUUUUGCGUAUUCUCUUGUUUGUUUUGGUGAAUAUUUUGUUUAUCUUCUUCUCUAUGGAAAUGGGUUUCUCUCAGAUUAUGUUCAAUUUCUCAGGCUACAAAUUUUUUCGAUUUCUUCAAUAUAUGGGUAUGGAACAUUAGAAAUUUUGUGGCAGACCCAUGUUUUAGUAGUUGAUUUAGGGUCAAGUUGUGAACUUUUUAGGCGUAAAUGGCAAACCUUUCAGAAGAUAUCGUUGCAGACAUACUCUCUCGACUUCCUGUGAAGUCUGUUGGUAGAUUCAGGUGUGUUUCAAAGUCAUGGCUUCACCUUACCACCCAGCCCCACUUCAUCCAAACCCACCUCAACAGAACCCAGACUCAGAAACUCAUUCUCAGCUCUCAGUCUCUCUUCUCCUUGGACCAUUUAGCACCUAUAGAUGAUGAUAUGUUGCCCUUGGAGCUUGAUUUUCCAUUCAAGACCCAUCUCAAAACUGAAUGGGUUCUCGUGUUUGGUUCCUGUAAUGGUUUGGUCUGCAUCAUGCCUCAGCCAGAAGCCUUCUUUAUAUUCAACCCUUCAACCAGAGAGUCCAUGAGAGUACCAGAUUGCCCCAUGCCAAGCCAUCCUUGUCCUCAACAAGGAGUGCGUUUUCAUCGUCAUGCCCACGGUUUUGGUCAUGCUCCUUCUAUGAGUGAUUACAAGUUUGUCAAGGUUGCUUAUGGAUGCAUGGUACUUGUCUUCUCAUUGAAAAACAAUUCUUGGAAAAGGGUUCAAGAUUUUCCCUACAAACAUCUUUUGGAUGCCUAUGGGACAUUUCUCAAUGGAGCUGUCCACUGGUUAUGUGGCCCUCUUGGAGUUGGAGGUCCCUGUGUUAUUGCUGCUUUUGAUUUAGCAGAGGAAAAGUUCUCAGACUUGGCCACACCUGAUUCUGUCACGAAUUAUCGGAGAUUUACAACUGGCAUUUUGGGAGGGUGCCUUUGUUUACUACAUUACCAUGAUGAUCAUAAGCAUCACUCAUUUUGGGUUAUGAAAGAGUAUAAUGUGAAGGAGUCUUGGACGAAGAUUAUGAUAACCAACUCCUACUUUUCUUUACAGCCAUUGUGUUACUGGAAGAAUACCAAUAUACUACUGGUGAGAAAUCAAAAGCAUUUACUUCUGUGCAACCGAAAGGAUGGAACAUGUAAAAAAUUCUUGGUAAAUGGCCUUCCGAGUCACUUCAAUGCUGAUGUGUAUGUGGAGAGCCUCAUCUCUCCAAACUUUCAGCAGAACUAAGGAUUGUGUUUAAUCCAGUGUUUACGUUUCUUCUUCUAUGCAUUAUGCACUACUUAACUCUUGUAUGGAACUCAGAAAGUUUAUGUUUUGUGGGUAAUGAAGUUGUUUCCUUGUGUGUAAGUUUUCACUUGGUUUUGCUGAAACCCUCUCCUGAUUUGAUUGAUGGUGGAGA